GGUUUAACCUCGUAAAGACAAAAGAAUCUCGUCCUUCAUUUGCCCUUUGACUCUAUUCUAAAUUAAAGAUAUCUUGUCCCGAGAUUUGCCAACGAAUGUUGUAAUCCAGUCGCCUACUUAUGCUCAAAACUUGUAACUAACCUAGCUCAGUUCGAUUCAAACUGGCUGAACGAACGGUCAUAGCCUCAUUAAAAAUAAAAAAAAUUGUUUACUUUUAAUUUUGCAAUAUGAAGCCGCGGAUUCGUUCUUUUUUAGAUUUUAGGGAAUAGUGAUGUGACAGUAUUGAAAAUGAGAGUUUGUGUGUGUAUAGUUCUUGCGAGUUUGUGCUUCUGUGUCAAAAUGGAUCGGAGGGCGGAAGAGGGGUAUCCGAAAGGCUUCAUGGCUGUUUGUCCAGGGUCCUCCAAGCCAGCCUCCAUCCCCCGCAGCCAGCUGCGGUACCUGCUCUUCAUCGUGCAAGGUCUCGGGCGGACCCGCAAGAGAUACACCUAUUGGAGUGCGAAACACAUUGCCAGUGACCCUAGGAUAGACUUUAACAGGAAGACCCUGCUCCUCGCCAUCGGGUACCUGGACAGCACGAACUUCCCCAUCUCCAGCCUGUUCGCCAACGAGUACGAGGCGAGAGGGUACAACGUCAUCUUACUGGACAACCAGCGGUUCGCCACCGUCCACUAUUACUUGGCUAGCCGCCUUAUGCGACCUGUUGGCAAGCACGUCUCCGAAAUCCUCAUCCAACUGACAAACGCCGGCUUGAACCCAUCCACAUUAGAGCUCCUAGGCUUCAGUCUAGGAGGCCAGACCGUCAGCUAUAUCGCCAGAAACUACCAGCUCGCCACCGGAAGAAAUAUCUCCAAGAUCACGGCUCUAGAACCUUCAGGCCCUUGCUUUAGAGAUUUGAGACCUGAUGAUCGUUUAGACGCUUCCAACGCGGAUUUUGUAGAGGUUAUCCAUACGAAUAUAGAUGGAUAUGGAAUGGCGAGUAGAAUGGGUCAUGUGGACUUUUAUAUCAACGGAGGAGAAUACCAGCCUUCGGAGAUAACUAUGUUUCCUUGUGCGACGACGUGCAGCCAUUUUAGAGUGUUAGGACUUUGGCUCUCAGCUCUAAAACAUCCAGGGAAGUUCAUAGGUUUAAAAUGUGAUAGUAUCCAGCAGGCGAGAGACUCUGAUUGCUAUGGUAGACCAUUAGAGACCAAUGUGCUGGGUCUGAAUGUGGAUAAAAGGAAGCAUGGGAUAUUUUAUGUGUCUACUAGUAAAGGAUACCCGUUUUAUUUGGGGAAAAAUGGGUUGUUACCUGAAUAUGCUGCUUGGAGGAGGCUCAGUGAUAUCAAUUUGGGAAAUCAGACUGAGAUCUAUACCUAAAUGAGAAGAUUAAUCAAGAGGAUUUUGUAUAUGUGAUUAGAAAAGCAUUUCA